UUACAAUUUUACUUACAGUGCUUUUCAAAUAAAAGACAUUAAAGAACAAACAAAGAGUUUGGAACCAAACAAAAUAAAGCGAAUGAAAAAGUUACUUUAAAUUUAAAUUAAAAUGUAAUAAAAAAAAUAGUCUCACAUAAACUUACCGAUCUUAUAGAAACAAUAAUAUUCACGAAUAAAAACCUUUAAGUGCAGUGAGAAUGUUCUAAAAUCAAAUAAAAAUGGAUCGAAGUGAAAUUUCGUUUGAAAAUAUGACUUUCCUUGAGUGGAAUGGCUCAAUGGGCGAUGAACUAAACAUGCCCCAUUUGGACUUAGAAGUGUUCUAUAGACCCGACAUAGUGAUCAUCGCGCUGUACGUGGGUGUGCUGACCGCAUCCCUAUCUGCCAACACGCUGCUAAUAUUCGUCGUCAUCAAGUUCCAAUACAUGCGAAACGUAACAAACAUUUUCCUUGUGAACCUUUCUGUUGCUGAUCUCCUGGUGACCUUGUUCUGCAUGCCAGUGCAGAUUGCCAAGUCAGUGACCCUGCUGUGGUACUUCGGUGAAGUAAUGUGCAAAACCGUCAAUUUCCUUCAAGGAGUGGCAGUAGCUUCUAGCGUCUUCACCAUAACAGCCAUGUCAGUAGAUCGGUACUUGGCGAUCACUCAGUCCCUUCGGCAACCUUGGAUGCCGUCGCGACGUGGCGCGUGCGGACUUCUUGUUUGUCUCUGGCUGAUUGCUCUGGCGAUCUUCGCGCCGCUGCUUGCUGUGGCGGCAGUUGAACGGGAACGGGUACCAUCUUUGUCCAGAACAAAAAAUGGAUCGCAAAUUUUAGUGGAGAGAACUAUCGAAUUCUGCACUGAGAAAUGGCCUGACUCCAUCAAGAAGGAAUUGUAUGGUGCUUUCAGCUUCAUUCUGGUCUACGCUGUUCCCGGAUGUAUCGUGGUGGUCUCUUAUUCUCUGAUGGGCCGGCGGCUGUGCUCCGUGCUGCCACCUUUCGAUCAAACUGAAGGCAGUGCUAACAGUCAACAGCGCCUCCGGCUGGUGCGAGAGAGGAAGCGUGUGGCGCUGAUCCUCCUGCUCCUGGCCGUCCUGUUCGCGCUGUGCUGGCUCCCGUACAACAUCCUGCAGCUCCUCGUCGACGUGAACGCCGUGCAGGUGGACUCGGUCUCGCUGGUGCUGCCCUACACUCUGCUGCUGGGGCACGCGAAUUCGGCAAUCAACCCGAUAGUGUACUGCCUAAUGACGCGCAACUUCAGGCGUUCCCUGCGCAAGCUGAUUUGUCACGAUCCUGGUAACAUAAACUCUAAUACUCAUUUCCAUGUGAGUUCACACACGUUCAGUCGUUUAUCACUAACGAGUUACUGGAACUCUCCACUAACACUAAUUGUAUUAACGUGUUUUGCAGCCAAUGUUUCGAAGGCUAGAGAAGGGUAAGGGAAUGAGAGCAGUGAGGCUGAAAAUUGAACUAGAGCCCUUUGACCUAGAGAUAUAUAUAUUAUAAACUAGUCAACGAGAAGUGGCUGGUUAUCAGCGGAUCAGAACAUACUUUAAAGAUCAUGCCUCUUUUAACAUUAAAAAAAAGAUGUGUGGUGUCGUCGGACACCGGAUAGGGACGAAGUUCUUUAUUAUAAAAAUAUUAAUUUUAAGUUCUAUUCGAGG